GUCGCUGAGUGUCGCUGUGAGCAGAAGUGCACAGUUUUUAAAGCCCUUGCGGUGUCUCCUUCUCCUUUUUCGCUGCUCGGACGUGCGUUUCCUCCCCCUCUCUCCGUUCGGCUGUUUCGUUUUCCCUGGUUCCUGCCAUUACUCCCGGAGCUCUAGUUUCAUCUUGUCCAGCGAUGGCUCUGCUCAAGUCCGUCAGAUUCUUGUGUCCCACAGGAAUGUGGGGUGUGGGCUCGCACUGCCCACCCGUGGGCCUCCGAGUCCUUCCCAGCCGAGCCAGCUCAUGGUGGACUGAAGUGCAGAUGGGUCCCCCUGACCCUAUCCUUGGUGUCACAGAGGCUUACAAACGUGACACAAACCCCAAGAAAAUGAAUCUGGGUGUCGGUGCAUACCGUAAUGACCAGGGAAAGCCCUAUGUGCUCAGCUGUGUCCGCAAGGCUGAAGCUCUGAUUGCUAGCAGGAACCUGGACAAGGAGUACCUUCCCAUCGGAGGGCUGGCAGAAUUCAACAAAGCCUGUGCAGAGCUAGCACUGGGACCCAGCAACGAGGUGCUCAAGAGCGGCAGGAGCAUCACAGUCCAGACUAUCUCAGGAACUGGGUCACUGAGAGUUGGGGCAAACUUUCUGUCCCGUUUCCAUACUGUGGCCCGAGAUGUAUUCCUGCCUAAGCCCUCCUGGGGGAACCACACCCCCAUCUUCAGGGAUGCAGGUUUCCAACUGAAGGGCUACUGCUACUAUGACCCCAAGACCUGUGGGUUUGACUUCAGGGGAGCUCUGGAUGACAUUUUGAAAAUCCCUGAGAAGAGCAUCAUUGUGCUGCAUGCUUGUGCCCACAAUCCCACAGGAGUGGACCCCAGACAGGAGCAGUGGAGGGAGAUUUCAGAGGUGAUCAAGAAAAGGAACCUGCUAGUUUUCUUCGACAUGGCCUACCAGGGCUUCGCCAGCGGAGACAUCGACAAUGAUGCCUGGGCCGUACGCUACUUCAUUGAGCAGGGCCACAACAUUGUUCUGUCGCAGUCUUUUGCCAAGAACAUGGGUCUUUAUGGUGAGCGCGUGGGGGGCUUUACAGUGGUGUGCAAGGAUACUGAGGAGGCCAAGCGUGUGGAAUCGCAGCUGAAGAUCCUGAUUAGGCCUAUCUACUCUAACCCCCCCAUCAAUGGCGCCCGCAUUGCUGCCACUAUUCUCAACACACCAGACCUGCGCAAGGAGUGGCUUGAGGAAGUUAAUGGCAUGGCCAGUCGGAUCAUCAGGAUGAGGGAACAGCUGGUGGCCAACCUGAAGAAGGAGGGCUCCACCCAUAACUGGCAGCAUGUCACUGACCAGAUCGGCAUGUUCUGCUUCACAGGGCUCAAACCAGAGCAGGUGGAGCGUCUGACUAAGGAAUUCUCCAUCUACAUGACGAAGGAUGGCCGCAUCUCUGUGGCUGGGGUCACCUCGGGCAAUGUGGCCUACCUGGCACAAGCCAUUCAUGCCGUCACCAAGUAACAUGGGUGAACAGAGGCCACCAACUGCGCUGGAGAGAAAGAAAGAAAAAGCAGUCCUUUAUGUAUUUGUUUGAACCCACCCCACCUCUGGGAUAGAGGCUGAAAAUGGCUAACACAGCAAUUAUGUCUUUAAUGAUGGGCAGCAUUGUGAGUACUUGGUAGGACCCAUCAUUCCUUUCUCAUUAAUGGUUAAUUUCCUCUUAUCUGUACAUCAGCCAGAUAAAUUAGAACUGGUCAAAUAUUAAGCAUGUCCCAGCUGUGAAAACAUGAAGUAGAUCAGAGGUGUGAAAAUGUUAAUUGGAAUAAGUAUCAGCUAAUUUCCAAGUAGAAAAAUUGGCUGCCUUUAGUUUGUCCUGCUGUUUUACCAAUACAGUCAACGAGCCCCUAAAUCUACCAGUGACUCACCAACUCCUCCUACUGUCUCUGGCAGGAAUCUCCACCCAGACUCAGCCAGUCUCUUUACAUGCAUUUUACAUUACAUUCACAUUUUCUCUAUGAAGUGUGGGAUGGGCUCCUGGGAGGGUCUGGAGCAUGAGCUUGAAGAUGAGUAGUGCAAUUUUGAUCAUUAUCUCAAAAGUAUUUAACAGCUCUGUCCCUGACUGGAGCACUUUCUUUACACUUACAGUGAAGAGCUGCUGAAAUGGAGCAAAUUGCUGGAUUGUGUGAUGGUCCCUUCUGUGCCCAGGUGUGCAAGGCUGUGCUUUUUAAAGCUUUUUUUUUUUUUUUUUUUUUAAAAAAAAAAAGGUGCACAUGUAGGGUACUUAAACCCUGCCCCAUAUCUUGUCAUUGUAUGGGAUCCAGCUGAUGUGCUGUAUCUGACAUCUGUAGUAAAAGCAGAGAAGCUGUUGAAUGUCCUCCAGGCUGUCAGUGGUUUCAAUGGUUAUUGUGAAUAAAACUGAGCUAUAAACCUG